AUGAAGUCUAUUUAUACGCCAGAGAAAGUGAUACCAGUAUAUGCGACAUUAACUGGUAUCGGUAUAGCACUUACUAUAACCCGCAUCUGGGUUCGAACACGAUACAUCAGAGUCUCCGUGGGUGCCGACGAUGCUGCCGCUGUAGCAGCAGCCGUGUUCGUAACAGGGGCCGUCGGCUUGCAGAUCACGAAUGCGAUCUUAGGCACGGCCGGUGACGAUGUCAAGCUGGCCGAGACACAGAGACGAGCACGCAUUGCACUGAAAGCCAACUGGAUCAACCCUCUACUAGAGGCCUUCGCAUUCGGUCUCAUCAAGUUAUCCCUCUCAUUCUUUUACCGCCGCAUUUUCGGGGUCUGGCCGACGUUUCGCAGGAUCAACAAUGCUGUUAUCGUGCUCUUGGUGGGGUAUUCUCUCGCGUUCGGCUUCGGCCAACUCUUCCUCUGCGGCACCAACUUCUACCUCAUCUGGGUUGACCUAGACCAGCAUACUGCCAGAGAGCGCUGUGCCGAGAGAGGUCACUUUCAGUUCUUCUUCGCUCUCUUCAGCGUAUUGACUGAUAUACUGGUUGUUGGACUACCGUUGCUAUUCGUGGCGAAAUUGCAGAUGUCCACGAGAAGGAAAUGGGCGUCAGCUGUGGUAUUUUUCUUAGGUUUCGCGUCAACUGGGGCUAGUAUUGCGCGUUUGAUAUAUGUCUCCGAGGCUCUGAAGUACGGCUGGUUCAGCUUCAACUUCAAGCCCGCCCCCGGGGAGCCGGCUAUACCUUCGCCAAUCUUCGAGACACUUAAUCCUACUCUUCUUGCCACGAUUGAGAUGAGUCUCGGUCUAUGGGGCGCAAAUCUGCCUGCACUAUCACCUCUGUUGCGCAACUUCCACCCGCUGCGCCGUGUUGGAGAAUUAUAUGGAAGGUUCACGUCAUUAUGGUCGUCUACAUCAGUAACAGACAAACGACUUUUGAGUACAGAAGAAAGCAAAGAUGGAGAGCGAAAACAAAGUUCCGUAUACUAG